GUGGAACCGAAGCGAACUUUGUUUUUGUUUUGAUUUUUUUGACAGCUUUUGUUUAACUACCUAAACAAAGUUUGUUGUUGUUUUGAUCUGUUUUGAUUAUGUGUUUUGACAGUUCUACCAACUUUGUUUGUUUGGUUUGUUGACAAACAACCUGUUUAGACUCAGCUGUUUCAAACUAGUAAGCAUGUCCUGCUGCAUCCCGGCCUGCACGGCCAAGACGCUGCUGGUGCGAUUCCCGGACCACCUGCUGCUCCGCAGGCGAUGGUUCCGGGUGAUCGCGCUGGCCACCGGCGUCGCGCUCGGCUCCGACGACGAGCUCGAACCGCUGAAGAUCUGCCUGGCGCACUUUACCCAUCCGGACGAGCGCUUCUACCAGGAACCGUCCAUUUUUCCCAGCAAGCGGAACCCGGAAAAACGGGUCAGCCUGACGUGCUGCAAGCUGUGCCAUCGGUACAUGCCGACGAGUGGGAUGUGUCGGUUGAGUGGAACGCUGAAUGGGACCAUACUGGCGGGCUUGCUCUUCCCGACGAUCCGCAUCCGGAUCCACCCGCGGGACUACACGAGUUUCGUGUGCCGGCGGUGUCUGGUGAAGGUCGACGUGGUUCGCAAGAUUCAGGCCGAAUUUGGGGAGUUGAAGGCGACCACGGAUAUGGUGGACAGCUUGAAGACUCCGCUGGAGGUGGUCGCGCCGGAGCCGGAAGUGCCGGGGGUCGUUGAUGACGAGGGCGUUCAGGUGGAGUACCUUGAGGAGUGGGAUAACCAUGAAGGGGAUGACAAUGAAGAGCAGGUCACGUGGGAACCGGUGGAGGAGGAGCAGGUAAGUUCCGACGGGUGGGAGUGGCCGGAACAACCGGAGCCGGGAAAGCCAAUGAAGCGACGCUACAUCAAGCGCAAAAUUCGGGAGCCCAAACCGAAGGCUCCUAACCGAGGGAUCGCCAGCUCAAUGAAGUGCUACAUCUGCUCGGUGCAGUACAAUUCCCGCGAGGAGCUGGUGUCCCACCAGGUUGAGAAUCAUCGGGAUCCGUCCGAGUUCAGCUGUACCGACUGCGGUGGAAAACGGUUCGAAACGGUGACCCUGUUCAACAAUCACCUCAAGUUUCACGACGCUAAGGAACGACCGUUCCAGUGUAAGCUCUGUCCGCUUCGAUACUGCACGCGAAGAUCGGUCCGGGAGCACGUGGCCCACCUCCACGCCGGAAAGCCCAUUAGAUACAGAAAUCCGGAACGUCUCCACAAGAACCAUCAGUGCGAAACCUGCGGCAAGAUAUUGCUCUCGAUCGGCGCCCUCCGGAAGCACAUUGCGGCACGGCACGAGGCCCGCAAGCUCCAGUGUCCAACGUGCAACCGGAUCGUCAAGUCCGACCAGGCUCUGCUGAAGCACAAGCUGUGGCACCUCAACGAGCGUCCCUUCGGUUGUGAGCAGUGCGGCGUACGGUAUCGCGCCAAAACCAACCUCAACAUCCACAUGGCCGCCGCCCACGGCGGUCCCGACCCGUUCCGGUGCAAGCCGUGCCAGCUGACGUUCCGAUCGCAAGGUCAGUACCGGACGCAUCAGCGCCGCGUCCACGACAAUCGGAGCAACGAUCGGAAGAUGCGGUUGCGCUUUCGGUGCGCGCUCUGCCCGGAGGUUCCCGUCAGGAAGAAAGACCUGGAGGCGCACAUUGCGGUCAGUCACCGCGACGAGCAGUACCCGUGGGUGAGCUGUCCGCAGUGUCCGGAAGUGCGGCUGGUGAACGGGACGGCGCUCACGUGGCACAGGAGGGCAAGGCAUCGCGAGGUGAAGACGGUGGUGGGGCAAGAACCAGACGUUCACGGACAGGAAACAAAUGAAAUAAAACAAGUUCUUUAGUAGAACUACAAA